AUGUUAAAACUAAACUAUUUCACUCGAGUCUUAUCGCAUAUUUCUUGUCAACAUCGAUCGCUUUCAACGAUUCAUUACAAAGUUCAAAAUCGAAUAGCUUACAUCACAUUGAAUCGACCAGAAGUACUGAAUUCAAUAAAUGACCUUAUGCCCAAAGAGUUGUCGACAUGUGUAGAGAAAGCCAAUCAUGACUCAUCUGUUCAUGUUAUUGUCUUAGCUGGCGAGGGCAAAGCUUUUUGUUCAGGAUAUGAUUUAACAUACUAUGCUCAAUUGAAAAAUGAAAAAGCUGUGCAAGAAAUGCCUUGGGAUCCAAUGAAAGAUUAUACAUCAAUGAAGGAAAACACCGAACAUUUCAUGUCACUUUUUCGUUCACCGAAACCAACAAUCUGUAAAGUUCAUGGCGAUGCAUUAGCAGGCGGAAGCGAUAUCGCUCUGUGUUGUGAUAUGAUUUUAAUGGCGAAUGAAGCCCGUAUUGGUUACAUGCCAGCAAGAGUUUGGGGUUGUCCUACUACAGCCAUGUGGAUCUAUCGAGUCGGAGUGGAGAAGGCGAAGCGAAUAUUGCUGACGGGCGACAAAAUAACCGGAGUUGAAGCUGAAAAACUUGGACUGGUAUUAAAAUCUGUUCCACAGGAGGAAUUAAGUGAUGAAGUGGAAAAAUUAGUUCGUCGUAUGACUGCUGUACCUAUCAACCAAUUGAUCAUGCAAAAACUAUUGAUCAAUCAAGUUUUAGAAAACAUGGGCUUGAGAACAACUCAAAUGUUCGCAACGUUAUUCGAUGGAAUCGCACGACAUUCACCGGAAGGCAUGGCAUUUAAACGUCGAUCAGAGACUGUCGGAUGGAAAACUGCUGUUAAAGAACGAGAUUCUGGUACAUACGAUUGGACAGCUGAUAAACCGCUUUUAUAA